UCUACUCUUGUACAAUUAUUUGAGACUUGAGAGAGCAGUAAACUUUCAAGGGUGCCAUUUGUGAUGUUUGGCCAGAGAGCUUACCCGUGAAGCUAUCACUACUUGCCAAUCUCCGAUCAGUGCCGUUUUCGAUCACCGGUCAGUGCAUCUCCGAUCAUUUUCCUCUCCGAUCAGAGAAUGGAUCUUGUGCCCCACCUUGCUAUCUUUAGGAAGCUUGAAGAACACAAGGGUUGUGUGAACACAGUUAGCUUCAAUGCAGAUGGUGACAUUCUUGUGUCAGGCUCUGAUGACCGGAGGGUUAUACUCUGGGAUUGGGAAACAGGGCAUGCUAAACUUUCAUUCCAUUCGGGUCAUGGAAACAACGUUUUCCAAGCAAAGAUCAUUCCCUACACAGAGGACCGAAGCAUUAUUACUUGUGCAGCUGAUGGGCAGGUAAGACAUGCUCAGAUUCUGGAAGGUGGGAAAGUGGAGACUAAAUUGCUUGCAAAACAUCAAGGACGAGCUCAUAAGAUGGCCAUUGAACCAGGAAGCCCUCAUAUUUUUUAUACAUGUGGUGAGGAUGGAUUGGUCAAGCAUUUUGAUCUGAGAACUGGAGCUUCAACAGAACUUUUUACUUGCCAUUCUAUCCACAGGAUGAGUGAUACGCAAAUCGUUAAGCUACAGGCAAUUGCAAUAGAUCCAAAGAAUCCUAAUCUUUUUGCAGCUGCGGGAUCAGAUGAGUAUGCUCGGCUUUAUGAUAUCCGCAAAUAUAAGUGGGAUAGUUCAACCGAUUUUGGUCAGCCAGCUGACUAUUUUUGCCCCCUUCAUUUGAUCGGUGAUAAGCAAGUGGGAAUAACAGGGUUGGCAUUUUCAGAUCAGAGUGAACUUCUUGUAUCCUAUAAUGACGAGUUUAUCUAUCUCUUUACGAAUGAUAUGGGAUUAGGACCCAAUCCAGCUCCAUCCUCUCCAGUAUCUAUGGCCAGUGAUGCGGAUCAUUCCAAUGUGGACACUGAUGUCAAAGUUCGUCCCCAAGUCUACAAGGGUCACAAGAAUCGUCUUACGGUGAAGGGUGUGAGUUUUGGGUCUAAGUGUGAGUAUGUCAUGAGUGGGUCAGAUUGUGGCCGUAUUUUCAUAUGGAAGAAGAAAGAUGGGGAGCUAAUAUGUGUUAUGGAAGCCGAUAAGCAUGUUGUGAAUUGUAUCGAGUCUCAUCCUCAUGCCACUGUGCUUGCCAGCAGCGGAAUUGAGACUGACAUAAAGAUAUGGACUCCAAACGCUACUGAGAGCGCUACUAUAAUAUCCCGAAUUUGAAUAAGCCAUGAGGAUUGCUCAGGGGGUUGUCAGCGUGCACAAGAUGCUUAGCGUGCACACAAGAUGCUUAAAAGGAUGCUCGGCGUGCACUGGGGGUGCCCAGUGGCACUUUCGUAAAUAUGGCGAAAAGUGAAACUUGGAGUUUUGACUCGGGAUCUUUAUGGGAGGUACCUUGAGUCCAUAGAAGCUGGUUGGCGCAGACGGCACUCAAUUUGGAUGUCGGGAAAGGUCUGAAAGGCCAUUAUGACUCCUCAAGCAUGGGUGAUGUUUACUCCUGUCAGAGUGCUGGAUUUCCUUAAGACUAUAUUAGGGGGGGUCUGUUGAGCACAUCGGUUGGGCUAUGGCAUGGCUUGCUUAGAGGGCUUAGCCAACGUGCAUGGGCACGUGUUGCACCACUCCAAGAUGGUUGCACGAGUGGGGAGCAUCCAAGAUAUUGAAGGGCAAACAAGUGGGCACCGACACGCGCGCUGGUGUGUAGCGGCGCGCGUGCGGGCAUGCAGGUGGGCGCGCGGGCUGGCGUCUAACCUAGUUUGCGCGAGCGUCUAGCUCGGCGUGCGCAUGGGCGUCCAGGUGGGUGUACAGCCACGGGCGCAUGAGGGUUCAAACAUGGCGCACGAAGAAGGGCACUAGUGUGUGCGCCGGCGUGCACUUUGGUGUGCACCCGAGGGUGCACACGGGCGUGCAUGGCUUGGCACGCCGUGCACUCAGAGACAUAUAUAUGUGGGUGCAGAUUGGCGGACUUGGCUUGGGCUAGGUUCACAAGGUUGACUCAGAUGUGACUAGAGCAUGAACAACACAAAGUCAUGGCUUGCGGUUACAAGAGGUGGUGGCUUAGUGGGCUCGGUCGGUUGGGGGAAGUUACUAGUACUUCCCACUCAUCAUGCGAAGUGGGGGAGUGCUGAGUAACCUCCCAAACAUGUGGCACAAUUCUGAGAGGACCAACACAUAGGCGGUUAAGGGUGGUUUCCUCCACUAUGCAGAAUCUAACUUCUUGUGGUUAUGUGGCAUGAGCAGAACAUGCCAACAAGUCUAGCAGUUGGGCUUGUCAACUGCAUUAUAGUGCUGGCUCAUUUAGAGAGUGCCAGCACAACCCUAGGUGGAUGGGGGUGUCAUCCAUCAUCUUAGUGGGCAGUUAUGGGCGGUUUUGAGAGUGGCCUAUAUAAUGCUAAGGUGGGCUUUGUAGAGGGAACAGAGAAGAGGGUGUGAGCCUUGGUUGUUCCUUGUACGAACUCAUGUUCCUUUGUAAUAUGUUUAAUAUGAGCAAAGGUUGGGGCUUGUCCCUGUAACUGUGUGUGCCUUCUUUAUAUUUCUAUACUAUGUGUAUUGUAUUGUUGUGUUGGCUGAGACUUGGUGGCCCCAAGUGCCGUUGCAGAGGCAAAAAUUCGUGGUAUAAUUUAGCCCUGUGACACCAUGUAUAGCUCACACCUUAC